UCCAUAGAUUCGAAUGUCCCCUCGCGAAUGGCGCGUCACUCUUAAACCCAGAGUCUCCACGUUACCGGUGUUUUCGAAGUUUUUGUUAAUUUUCUCGAAUGGCCUCUGAUCUCUCCAUCAAAUGGAACUUUCAGUCGUCACGCGAUCUCAUCCAUCGUCUUUAAAUCUACACCGUUUCUCUUCUUCUACGGGACUCGCUCGAUCCCAAAUACGACACGAAUCCGUCGCCGUUUCAUCUCCUCGGGUUCGCGUCGCUGCUUCUUCGAGCUUCUACUGUCCGAUCAGGUUUCAGUUAAAAUGGUCCAGAAAUGUCCAGAAGCGAAGGCGACGAUCAGGGUACGACGUCUUUAGAGCUAACGCCGCCGAUGAUGAUCCGUUUGAUGACUGGGCCAUUGACGAUACAAUGGCAGGUUACAUGCUUUCAUCUGACGGGGAAUACAGCGACGGGGAUUUGGCAUUAAAUUCUUUGUCCGAUGAGGAUUUGCCUCUCGAAGAAGCGCUAGCCAAGGCUUCCCAUCGGCUUGCUUCGCGUGGAAAAGGCAUAAAAAGACACAGGAUCUACCCUGGGUUGAUUUUGAACUUGACUCUUAUAGUCUUCGUGACAGUGGUUCUUUUAGUUGUGGAUUGGUGUGGAUGGAAAAUUGUCAGGCUACCUUUGGCUCCAUUCUACUUGACUUCCCCAUUUUUUAUAUCUUUGAUCUUAGCUUCAUGUGCAAGCUACGUCGGUGUCCCAUUGCUUAGGAUCUUUAAGUUCCAUGAAGUAGUUAGGAAAAUAGGGCCUCCUAAAUAUAUGAGAAAGAAAAGGACCCCAACAAUGGGUGGACUAUUUUUUGUACCAGUAGGUAUAGCUGUUGCGAGAUUCGCAACUGGUGUUUAUUCCGUUGAAGUCGCUGCUACUGCAGCGGCAACCUUUGCAUUUGCUGCAAUUGGACUACUCGAUGACGCCUUAAGUUUCAACAAGCGAAAGUGUGGUAUGGAUCCAUGGUUAAGAUUACUUUUGGAGGCGGCUGUUGGGGUUUGGUUUUCAUAUUGGUUGGAUACUACGAAUUUGUCGACACCCUAUGGCAUGAAAAUGCUGGUUCCUCUGCCGCUCGGCCUUCAGUACUUGGGAAAAUUAUACCUAUUGUUGACUCCACUUUGUUUCGUUUCCAUGGGAAAGGGGGCUAACUUAGCAGAUGGUCUUGAUGGUCUCGUUGCUGGGACUGCUGCAUCAGCUUUUAUUGGAAUGGCGAUUGCAGUGCUUCCGAUAUGCCCAGAACUUAGUAUAUUCGGGGCAACAAUGGCCGGGGCCUGCAUUGGUUUCCUUUUGCAUAACCAGUACAAAGCAGCUGUAAUCAUGGGCGAUACUGGGUCCUCGGCCCUCGGUGGCGCAUUAGCUGCAAUGGCUGCUUGUACCGGAAUGUUCUUUCCCCUAUUCAUUGCAUCUGGCUUCUUCGUUUUGGAAGUAUCAUCAGUUAUUAUGCAGGUGCUAUACUUUAAAUACACAAAGCACAAUGAGGGAAGUGGACGUCGGUUGUUUAAAAUGGUACCUUUGCAUCUUCAUCUGGAAUUAUGUGGGCACAAAGAGACCACUAUUGUCGCUGGUGCUUAUGCUGUUUCCUGUGUGUUGGCUUUAUUUGCUGCUUACAUUGGCCUUAAAUCGGCAUAAGAGCUCUGCCUCUCAUCAUUUUAACCCCAUCUUCAAAAUUUUUGUUCCCCGUUAUUUCUAUAUAUUUAAU